UAAGGACAGACUGAAGUCCCUAUUACAAGAUGACUGUCAGUAAUAUUCUUGGUUUGGUUCUUAUUGUAUUGGUGUCAGACACGAAAGCCUAUACGAUGUGCUAUCACUACAAUAGCGCUUAUGGAUAUGCGGAUUACACAGGCUACUGUUUACAGGGAUGUUGUGGUUCCCAGUGCUGUGAAAAUACCACAGAGACACCAGAGCUAGACGAUAGUACCGUGGCCGCUGUAGUUCUUGGCUGUGUGCUUGGCUUUGCACUCAUCGUCGCCAUCAUCAUCAUCAUUGGCUUAUGUUGUUACUAUAAACAGAAAACGAGGAACCAGAUCCAGUGUGGACAGGUGUUGAGUGCCCCACAGCCACUGAUGUUUCAAGGUACAUAUUCCCAUCCCCCUCCUAGCCACCUGUCUCCAAUCUCGCACAAUCACACGCUUGGUGUCUCAUUUCGUCCGUCACACGGACACUUUCAGUCCGACUUAGGCGGUCAACAUGCACGAAUCGAAAUGACCCAGUUCCCUAUCGGACAGCGAAAUGACCCUCCUGGUUAUCACCCCGAACUUGACCAUGGAGGCCAAAAUGGCCCACCAGGCUAUGAAACCUUACCAGACACAACCAACGGAAAUCCACCUUCAGCACCUCUCCCGGAUUUAAGGUAUUGAUGAUGAUGAAUUGAAACACGUGACGAACAACAUCUGCAUAAAAAGGGGUUUAAGACAUUCAAAUACUUAUAGAGUUUUCAAAAAGAUGAUAUUUACAUUUCCACUGCAAGUUCUUCUAUGAGCAUUCCCAUAAGAAAAUGCGUUCAUAGGGCUAUGAACGCAAUAAGAUCAGCGUCAUUUCGGUGGAAGCAAAUAUUUUGGUGACGUAAGGCUGUUCCAGGAGUCUCGUUUGCACUGACGACAAAAGCACUUAAAUAUCGUCAAUACAAGGGAAUCACUGUAUUUGGUCAAUAAUAAGUAAAAAUUUAGAAUG